GGACUGCAGGAGCUGCGGUGGAAGAGGACGAAGAUGUCCGUGAAAGCGAAGAGAAGAAUAAGUGUAAAAAAUGAGUCGGAAAAAUGUGCAGCGCGUUUUUGGAGGUUCGUUCCCCACCUUUUGCUGUGCUCCUCUCUGGUUGCAUACGCAGCGCUGGGUGCGCUUAUUUUCCACCACAUCGAGGGACAACAACCGUCCGCUGUACAGCAGGAGUAUGAUAACUUUCUGCGCCAAAUGGUGGGAACUGUCGAAAGCCUCAGGGAUAACGGCACUUCCACCGAAGGUUUAGUGGAGGAAGUGAGGACGAUGAUACAGAUCGAUUUCAAGUCCAUAUAUUUCCAGAGACAUGACAGAUGGGAUUUUUUCGGCUCAAUGUUCUUCUGCUGCACUGUAUUCACAACAGUUGGAUAUGGAGAGAUCUAUCCAGUUACCAGUCUUGGUAAGGUGGCUUGUGUCUUCUAUGCCAUGGUGGGCAUCCCUCUCAUGCUUCUGGUCAUCCUUGACGUUGGAGACUUCCUUGCUAUGAUGAUGUCCAGAGCCUACAUUCAUGUUCACACCCUUUUCAAAAAACUCUGCUCUCGGAUCUGGUCACCAUGGAAGGUUCAGAGCAGGGACUCAAGGCAUCCGACCCUGGAGGAUGGUACCUUUGUUUUCAGCCAUGAUGUUGUGAUCCGUGAACCCCUCAACAUCCAGCAGGUGCUGCACAGCCAGGCAGAUGUACGACACAAGUCCAUUCAGCUUCAAAACAACAAGGAGAUCUUUGAGAAGAUUCUUGCCAGAGAGAAUUUACUGAGAAAGGGUCCACUGCUUAGAUCGCUGUCUUGCCCAGAACUCGAUCAGUUGCCGCCAUCAUCCAGUAAAUAUGCCUUGUGGGACUUCACAGGGUUAGGGGAUGAAAUGGAAACACUGAAUGUACCCCUUUUGCUUAUUAUUUUCAUUGUCUUUGCCUACAUUUGCUUUGGGGGCUCAAUUCUGCAAUUAUGGGAACGAUUUAAAGACCCCUUUGAUCCCUACUAUUUUUGUUUCAUCACCCUCACUACCAUUGGUUUUGGUGACAUUAUACCCACACACCCCAAGUUCUUCAUGCUUAUCUCACUUUUCAUCAUUGUUGGCAUGGCCAUCAUGUCUAUGGCUUUUAAACUGAGCCAAACACGAAUUGUAAGCUGUUACCGCCAGUGUGUCAAGUUCAUCAGCAGAGGAAACGUGGAAACCUUUAAAAAUUGAAAAAAAGGAUUAGGUCAGCAAGACAGUCUGUGCCUCGUGUUCAAGAGCUGUACAAACUCACAUUUCUGAUUUUGAAACAGGUCGAUAUCAGGAGCGAGUUGCACGUGUUCUCUUUAUGCUGCCUCUUCUUACGAGCAUGAGCAAAGGAAAAAGUCUGCAUGUGCCAUACACUUCUGCCCAGUGAAGGAAGGUAAUAUACAAAGUGAUUCAAAAAGAAAUUCACAUUUAAAUGUAGAACUACUAGAAACAGUAUCUUGCCAAUGAAAAAUAUUUAGCUUUACUUUAGUACUAUGUGAUGCUAGUAAUGUUUCUCACCUGAAUACACAACAGAGUAUGGACACAAUGUUGUUGCAUUUCAUUAUAAUCCAGUAUGCUGUUUUUUACUCCUGUUUUUUUUCUUGCCAUUCAUAACUAAGUUGGUAUACAUAUUUUGUGUUUGUAUUAUUGCUCAACAAAUUUUACCAUUUCAGAACCGUAUUAUUGAUGCUAAAGUUAAGGUUUUGACUCGAUUCACUUUUGUAAGACAGCGAACCAUGAGGAGUUUACCAUUUGGACCAUGUUGCAAAAGUCUUGUUGCAUUUGCAACAAUUAACCACACAUUAAUUAUUAGUAUGAUUGGGAUCUGGGGGAUUUAAAUGGUAGGCUGAUGCUGCCUAAGCAAGUUUUUUAAGUUUGGUGGACUGCAUUUCACUGUCAAGGCAGUCUUUGGGGACUGUCACUGUAAUCAGGCUGCAGAUAUGUUUAAGUGGGUGGUACAUGUCAGAACUAUCCAGGUGAAUUUCAGGACCCAGAGGAACAGUGGAACAGUGCUGUGUUCCUUGGUAGGUCGCCCUGGUCUCGAUCACACACAAAAUGUAAUGUUAUCAAUUCUUAUCAGCUAUGAUACAAUUUACAGUACAAUAUAGUUAAUUAAAUAAUUUUCUAUUAAGCAAACAGAAGUAUCAUAGCAUUGUACAUAAUCAUUACAAUGUAUAAUUCUUGAUAACAGAUUCAAAUCCUUGACUGAAGCUUAACUAUCUGUUUAGAGCUUUUUUCAAAAUUAAAUAAGAUAAGUGGGGGCAGGGGAUGACAAAUGAUUUGGUUUAGGUGAUAACAAAAUAAUUGCAACAAACAGUUGCCUCAAGGUGCUUUAUAUUGUAAGUGUUUGUUGCUGUCAGUAAAAUCUAUAGGCUGCAAACUGGCCUUAUUUUUCUUUUGUUCUUAGUUAAAUCAGCAGAAGAACUGAAAGAUACGGGUCUAUUGUUAAUAAUGAUCAUCAUGGUAGUGACAUCACUGGUGCUCAGUGAUGUACAGCUAGAAACAAGGGUAUAAAUUCACAAUGAAAAAUGUUUUUCAAAUAAAAAUGGAAUAACAGGAUAUUUUUGAGUGCAAGCUUAAAUGUAUAAAAUC